AUGCCGUCGUCAGAAGGAUGCAGGUACUGCCUUACGAUGGUUGACCGUUACUCCAGGUGGCCUGAAGCAGUCCCUAUCCCUGACCAGGAGGCAGCAACCGUCGCUCGCGCCUUCUACAGUAAUUGGAUCGCCAGAUUUGGGACUCCGUUACGUAUCACCUCCGACCAGGGCAGACAAUUCGAGUCGUACGUUUUUAAGCAGUUAAACCGCUUAUUAGGUACGACUCAUCUUCGAACUACGGCUUACCAUCCCUCAGCCAACGGCAUGGUAGAACGGCUCCACAGACAGCUUAAAGCAGCCAUAAUGUGUCACCAGACCAGUUCCUGGACGCGAACUCUGCCGACCGUUCUACUAGGGAUUCGUUCUGCCUGGAAAGAGGACUUGCAAGCCACCACAGCGGAGCUAUUGUACGGAGAGACGUUACGACUUCCUGGGGAAUUUUUAGGAUCACAUCCCGAUUUUAAAACCCACGAGGACGCCUCCGAAUUCGUCAAGGAACUCCGUACAAUACAACAGCAGUUACGACCGACCCAAGAACGACGCCAUGGGGAUAGAAAAACCUUCAUCUUUAAAGACCUUGGUACGACAAAUCAGGUUUUUAUUCGCCGCGGUGGCCCGAAGGAAUCACUACAGCAACCCUACGAAGGUCCUUAUGCUGUCGUCCAACGUGCGGACAAAACCUUUGUCGUCAACGUCAAAGGCCGUGACGUAACGGUAUCAGUCGAUCGACUUAAACCGGCCUACGUCAUUGCAGAACCACCAGCCACUUCAAGAAACGAAGACAUCCCUGCAAGCGUUGAAAUGCCACCACAGCUGCCCUCCAGCGAGCCGACCAUUACCAACCAAACAACUAGGGCUGGAAGGCGAGUUCGUUUCCCAGAUCGCCUACAGGCAGGUUUCCCGUAA